AAUUACUUUUGUUGGAGAUUUGUACCUGAUUGCAAAUGUCAUGUUUCGCCCCGUUUCUCUGGUAGAGAGGUGACAUGCAUGCUAAUGGUCUCCAAAGCGAAUGAUAGCCAGAGCACGCUUUUUUCUCUCCUUUUUUCUCCCAUUAUGCUCAGAGCUUGGGUUUGCAUGCCAAGUUUUAAACUGCAAAAGGAGGAGAUCCUUAGGAUGUUGACCUUGCUGCCAAUUAAGCAAAGGCUCUCCUUGCCUGCCUCUUUUUGCUACAGCCGUGCUCUGGCUCGGAACAAUGAAAGGUGCCACUUGCAGGGGUGUGACAGAGAUACAGCUAAGAGGUGGCUCCGGCAAUUAAAAAUUGCUUCAUUUUACUGCUUCACAUCUUUAGGGGUCACCAAGCAAUGGAACUUGAUUUUGGACACUUUGACGAAAGAGACAAGGCGUCCAGAAACAUGCGUGGCUCCCGAAUGAAUGGCCUGCCAAGUCCCACUCACAGCGCCCACUGUAGUUUCUACCGCACCAGGACCUUACAGGCACUGAGCAACGAGAAGAAGGCGAAGAAAGUGCGCUUCUACCGCAAUGGGGACCGCUAUUUCAAGGGGAUUGUUUAUGCUGUCUCCGGUGACCGCUUCCGAAGCUUUGAUGCCUUGCUUGCCGACCUGACCCGGUCUCUGUCUGAUAACAUUAAUCUGCCUCAAGGAGUUCGCUACAUUUACACCAUCGAUGGCGGCAGAAAGAUUGGCAGCAUGGAUGAACUGGAAGAAGGAGAAAGCUAUGUGUGCUCAUCAGACAACUUCUUUAAGAAAGUGGAGUAUACCAAGAACGUAAACCCAAACUGGUCAGUCAAUGUGAAAACCUCUGCCAACAUGAAAGCUCCUCAGUCUCUGGCUAGUAGCAACAGUGCCCAGGCGAAGGAGAACAAGGAUUUUGUGCGUCCCAAGUUGGUGACCAUCAUCCGGAGCGGAGUGAAGCCAAGGAAGGCGGUGCGUGUGCUCCUGAAUAAGAAAACAGCCCAUUCUUUUGAGCAGGUGCUCACCGACAUUACAGAAGCCAUAAAGCUGGAGACAGGAGUGGUUAAAAAGCUGUACACUCUGGAUGGGAAGCAGGUAACUUGCCUUCAUGAUUUCUUUGGCGAUGACGAUGUAUUUAUCGCUUGCGGCCCGGAAAAAUUCCGCUACGCCCAAGAUGACUUUUCUCUGGAUGAAAAUGAGUGUCGAGUAAUGAAAGGAAACCCACCCACUACACCAGGCAGCAAGUCAUCUCCAACCCCACAAAAGAGCUCUGCGAAAAGUCCCGCUCCUUUGCGCCGGAGCAAAUCACCAGCUGAUUCAGGUAACCUUCAGGAUGCAAAUGGAACAUCAAGUAGCCAGCUUUCUACACCGAAAUCAAAGCAAUCCCCAAUCUCUACACCUACUAGUCCAGGAAGCCUCCGUAAGCACAAGGUAGACCUGUACCUGCCUCUAUCCUUGGAUGACUCUGAUUCUCUUGGAGACUCUAUGUAAAGGAUACCCAGUUCCCCGUCUCCGUAGUACACGCUCUGUUUUAAACGCAGAGCAGUACUCUAGCCCAAACGGAGCAGAGAGGUCACUGGUGCUCGCAAUCAAUCCAAGGACACAAAACUUAUGGUUUUUGCUUUCUUUGCUUUGCUGUCUUGUUUCCCCUCCUAUGAGUUCUCCUCUGUGUUACAAAACCAACACUAGCAACGGACCAGAGGUAAAGGGAUACCAACCAUUUGCAGAACUUCACCCUCCAAGUCAAACGGUUAUUCCUGGUGCUCUUUGAAGCCAGAGACAAAAUAGAACAUCACGAUCUUACGACUUUCUGUUCUCUCUCUUUGUACUGGGCACAAUGACACCAGGAUUGGCUGCCAGUGUAGGAAAAAAGAUGAUCAUGUCUUUUCAAAAGAUUCCGUGUCAAAAUAGUCCAUCAGCAGAUGUGGCAACACUGCCCCUCAGCUUCCACUUUUACCACCAGACAUUCAUUUUUUCAGACAUUCAUUGUUACCAGCAACUCUACCAAAGUAGCUUUGUUCCCCUAAUCCUGCCAUGUUAAAUUUAAUACUUUCCUAUUAAGUAUACUUGAUUUAUGCUCACAGCCACCAAGGGCUAAAUCCACCAUGGUAAUCAGGUCAAUAUAUCACAGCGUGCCCCAAAAAUAAAUGAGCAGAAAGUUAUUUAUAGUAGUUUUCCUGCAGGACCCUUAAGGUCAGAAUCUUUUCACUGCAGUGGUUGGUUUUUUUUUUUAAAGACAUGGCAAUAAAAAGAAAGAUUUGGUUGAUAUGAAGUUACUGGAAGUGUUGUGUGGUAUCUCUUGACCUCUGAAAGAUUCUUCCUGCCUUGCAAACAGCCAACACUUGAAAACACUGUGAAGGUUUUGUUUUCAGGUUUCUUAACACUUCUCUGUUCCUACAACUACUGCGAUCGCUGUUGUUAAUCAGUACAAUUUUAUAGAGGGGGAAAAAACGACCUUAGCUAGGUUUUAGAGAAGCAAUUCUUCAAGCUUCUUCUUUCUUUCUUUCUUUCUUUCUUCUUCUUCUUUUUUUUUUAAAAAAAGUAAAAACUGGUGACUUGAUUUUGCUUAAAAAAAAGAAAAAAGAAAACAAAAGUAUAGAAAAAUGUUCUGUGCAGUGAAACGUUUUAGAAGUUGUGCCCAAAUAUGCCAUCUGAAAUAGGAAAAGAAAAAACAAAGCAAAACAAAACAGGGCUGGCAUUCUGAGCGGGUGCAUUGGGUGGGGUGAGGGUUCUUACCAUUUGGUGAGUAUUUUGAGAAGGUUUGUAACAUUGGUUGCCUCAAAAAGAGUCCAGAUGUCUGCUCACGCCGUGUGAUUGGAGCCCUGACUUGGAUUUUUUUUUAAUGUGUAUUGCCGGGCGCGGGGCUCUGCAAAGCAGGUUGUGUUUCAACUUAGAGGCACCAUGUUGAUUUUUUUGCCUCCAGCCCCACCCCACCCCACCCACCCCCGUGCAACAUGCUGGAUUUACCUUGCCAUUUUUGGAAUGUUCGAGAAUCCGAAUGAAGGCCAGCAGACUACCUUUGCGUCCUUUUUUUUUUCUAGGAAAACAACCCAUUUGAACAGAAUGCAAAGCAUAAGCAAGCUUUUCCCCUUUUCCAAUAAUUGUAAAUGCAAUGAUUGAUACAGGGCUGACCAUUUCCCCUAAGCCUUUUUAUCAGUGCUGGAUAGUGUACACUGCCUUGUUCCUGAUUCAUCCAAAUAAGUGCUUCGGUUUUUAUUUUUCAUUCUCAGAUCUUUCCCUGUGAGGUGCUCUGCUUUUUUUGGGGGGGGGGAGGAGCAACCCCUUUCUGAAUUUAGAAGGUGUAUGAUAAGAAUUCUUUCUUUCGCUUCGAUUGGAAAAGCUGCUUUGGGCCACUUGUGUGAUAUGGAAAGGUGAGCUUGAAGAGGCAUGAUUUUCAAUGCUUUCACUUGGUGACGUAGCUCACUCCUUUGCUCACCUAGUGUGUGUGUGUGGGGGAAAACUUUUCCCAUUUCUUAAAAUGGCUUCCUCUUACCCAUUGGUUAAGAGUGUUGCACCGCUAGCAAGCAUUGAGACUUCUGGGGUGACGAUGUGGGUGAGCCGAGUAUUAGGAUGUUAUUGUUGAAGAGGAGGUGUCAGAUGAUGGAGUGGCCUGUAGUUAAGAAUCCUCCACCACAAAGACAAGUGAGACUGAGCCCAUUGCUAGCCAAAGCAGUGUCUAGAAUUUCCUCUUCCCCAAUGUUGUCGUUUGGUCUGAUGCAUCCAUUCAACCCUGGUUCAGGAGAACCACUUUUCUCAUUGGAUCACAGUCAGAUCGCCAUGGGGAAGGCCGACUUUGAGGACAAAGCACAGAAAAAGAUCUACAAGAGAAUUUCCCAUGGUGUGUUUGACCCCUAGCAGAUCUAGUGUAUAAAUUGGAGCAGGUCUCUUAAUUUCUUGGUGCCUCAAUUUACCUUAUCUGUCAAAAUAGGGACAGGAAUACUUCUCUACCUCAUGGGACAGGGGGUUGGGUUGGCAAGUGAGUCAUUUGGUUAAUGCCGUAAAAGACAUAUUUGGUGGAAAAGUACUUAUGGCUUUGGAAGGGGCUGGAUUUGUUGAGUCCAGGGAAGGUUUCCUGGGAGGGGGGGUCUGAAAGAUCUUCUUUCUACGGACAGCCAAGCAGCCCUGACACCACAACUAAUCAAUGCACACACUGUGAGCUUUGUCUGUUGUCAACACCAGAAACAGGAACUGAUCUCUCCCUCCCAGAUCUGGCAAUGGUGGCUAUGUCCCUCCUGAGAUUCUGAAUCAUGGUUACAAAGGUGACCUCCGUUGUGAAUUGCUUACAGGAACACUUGUCAACUUUGAGAUAAGCUUUGUUUGCCACACACUCACUUUGCUCCAGUUUUGAUCUUCUGUUCUCUCUCUCUCUUCUCUCCCGCUUGAAGGGCUGUUCUCACUUUGCCAGUUGAGUGUGAUCAGAGGAGCUGUACUUCUGGAAAGUGAAACUGUGC